AUGGCCGCCAUCGAGACAAAGGCCGAGCAUGGCCUCGCCCCCGCGACGUCGCACGCCGACCAGGGCGCCUGGGGCACCGAAACCGAACUCAUCGAGGCCGCCCACGCCGCGUCGGACGAGGAGGCCCGCCUCUCCCGCAAGGAGCUCUUCUCCCGCUACAUGCCCGGCGUCAUCUUCAGCGCGCUGCUCAGUCUGGCGCUGGUCAUGGAGGGCAUGGACGUCGGCCUGGUCAACAACUUCUUCGCGCAGGAUGCGUACAUCCAAAAGUUUGGCUGGCCCGACAAGGACGGCAAGCUGCACAUCUCGGCCACCUGGCAGUCGGCCAUUGGCACAGGCAACAACUGCGGCUCCAUCAUCGGCCUCCUCCUCAACGGCUGGCUGCAGUCGCGCUUCGGCUCCCGCCGCGUCUACAUGGGCGCCAUGGUCCUCAUGACCGGGACCAUCUUCUGCCUCUUCUUCGCCGUCAACGUCGAGAUGCUGCUCGCCGGCAACAUCCUCAGCGGCAUCCCCUGGGGUAUCUUCCAGACCCUCACCACCGCCUACGCCGCCGAGAUCUGCCCGGCCGCCAUGCGCGGCUACCUCACCGCCUGGGUCUCCAUGUGCUGGGGCGCCGGAUCCUUCCUCGCCGCCGGCACCCUGCGCGGUUCCCUCGAUCUCUCUGGCAACGCUAGCUGGAAGCUCCCCUACGGCCUGCAGUGGAUCUGGGUCGUCCCCCUCUUCCUCGUCGCCUACUUCGCCCCAGAGUCGCCCUGGUACCUCGUCCGUCGCGGCAAGAUCGAUGAGGCCGAGGCCGCCCUGCGUCGUCUCGCCCGCAAGGACUUUUAUACCGAGCAGACCAUGGCCCAGACCCUCGCCCUCAUGAAGCACACCAACCGCAUGGAGAAGCUCAACGCCGAGCACGCCAGCUACGCCGACUGCUUCCGCGGCACCAACCUGCGCCGCACGGGCAUCGUCUGCAUGGCCUGGAUCAUCCAGAUCCUCAACGGUCAGUCCAUCACCAACUACGCCGCCAUCUUCCUCAAGGCCGCCGGCAUGGAGGAGAUGCAGGCCUUCAACUUCAACAUGGGCAUCCAGUCCGUCAACAUCUUCUGCACCAUUGUCGCCAUUGUCCUCAUGGGCAUGCUCGGCCGCCGCACCUUUUUCUUCUACGGCUCCGCCGGCAUCGGUCUCUUUAUGCUCAUCACGGGCAUCCUGGGCUGCUUCCCCCAGACUCACGGCAUCCUCAUCGGCCUCGCCGUCCUCCUCAUCUUUGUCCAGAUCACCUUCAAGGUCACCCUCGGCCCGACCACGUACGUGAUUGUCGGCGAGACCUCGUCCAACCGCGUCCGCGCCCAGACCAUUGUCAUUGGCCGCGCCGUCUACGUCUGCGGCCAGAUCUGCGUCCAGCAGCUCAACCCGCGCAUGCUCAACAAGGGCGGCGACGCCUGGAACUGGGGGCCCAAGGCCGGCUUCUUCUACUUUGGCCUGUGCUUCAUCUGGGCCAUCUGGAUCUGGUUCUUCCUCCCCGAGACCAUGAACCGCUCCUUUGCCGACCUCGACUACCUCUUCCAGAAGAAGACGCCCGCCCGCAAGUUCAAGACCGCGCCCGUGGACCUGUUCGAAUUCGUCGGCGCCGACACGAGCCACAAGCUCGAGGACGACCGCAUCGACGACAAGACGGUCACCGAAGUCCAGGAGGAGAAGCGUGCGUAG